UGCCCGCCCGUCAGGCAGGAAGGCAGGCAGUGGCUCGACUGGCGGUCACUUCUCCCCCUCUGUGUUGUUUCCAUUUCUUGUUCCCGGUCGCCGGCGGCGGCGGCUGCACGGGUGGCGGCGCGGUCCCUGCGGGAGGCGCUGCACAAGCCGAGCGGCGGCCGCGAAGCGUCGAGCCCAAAGCGGCGGCUAGGCAGCCAACAUGGCGGCGGCGGCGGCGGGCCCGGAGAUGGUCCGCGGGCAGGUGUUCGACGUGGGGCCGCGCUACACCAACCUCUCGUACAUCGGAGAGGGCGCCUACGGCAUGGUUUGCUCUGCCUAUGAUAAUCUCAACAAAGUUCGAGUUGCUAUCAAGAAAAUCAGUCCUUUUGAGCACCAGACGUACUGCCAGAGAACCCUAAGAGAGAUAAAAAUCCUACUGCGCUUCAGACAUGAGAAUAUCAUUGGCAUCAAUGACAUCAUCCGGGCACCAACCAUUGAGCAAAUGAAAGAUGUAUAUAUAGUACAGGACCUCAUGGAGACAGAUCUCUACAAGCUCUUGAAGACACAACACCUCAGCAAUGACCAUAUCUGCUAUUUUCUUUAUCAGAUCCUGAGAGGAUUGAAAUAUAUCCAUUCAGCUAACGUUCUGCAUCGUGACCUCAAGCCUUCCAACCUCCUAUUGAACACCACUUGUGAUCUCAAGAUCUGUGACUUUGGCCUUGCCCGUGUUGCAGAUCCGGAUCAUGAUCACACAGGGUUCUUGACAGAGUAUGUAGCCACACGUUGGUACAGAGCUCCAGAAAUUAUGUUGAAUUCCAAGGGUUAUACCAAGUCCAUUGAUAUUUGGUCUGUGGGUUGCAUCCUGGCAGAGAUGCUCUCCAAUAGGCCUAUCUUCCCAGGAAAACAUUACCUUGACCAGCUGAACCACAUCCUGGGUAUUCUUGGAUCUCCAUCACAGGAAGAUCUGAAUUGUAUUAUAAAUUUAAAAGCUAGAAACUACUUGCUUUCUCUCCCGCACAAAAACAAGGUGCCGUGGAACAGGCUAUUCCCAAACGCUGACUCCAAAGCUCUGGACUUACUGGAUAAAAUGUUGACAUUUAACCCUCACAAGAGGAUUGAAGUUGAACAGGCUCUGGCUCACCCAUACCUGGAGCAGUAUUAUGACCCAAGUGAUGAGCCCAUUGCUGAAGCGCCAUUCAAGUUUGACAUGGAAUUGGAUGACUUACCUAAGGAGAAGCUCAAAGAACUCAUUUUUGAAGAGACUGCUAGAUUCCAGCCAGGAUACAGAUCUUAAAUUGGUCAGGACAAGGGCUCAGAGGACUGGACGUGCUCAGAUGUCGGUGUUCCUCCCAGUUCUUGACCCCUGGUCCUGUCUCCAGCCCGUCUCAGCUUACCCACUCUGACUCCUUUGAGCCGCUUGGAGGGGCAGUUUCUGGUAGUAGUGGCUUUUAUACUUUCACAGAAUCCCUUCGUCCAGAGAUGCUUCCUGGUGGCACCAGUGCCCUGCAGCAGUGUGCACAUUGAGUGCACUUACUGCAUACUGUUGCUUAGUCACUAACUGCUUUCUGGUUUGAAAGAUGCAGUGGUUCCUCCUCUCCUGAAUCCUUUACAUGUCAUCCUGCCGAACCAUGCAGCCUCACCAGAGCGAGAGCCUUUCCAAACUGGCCCCAGUCACUGGCUCUCGCUUUACAGUAAAGAAUGCUAUUACAUAAGGCACUUUAAGUCAGUGACAGCUCAAAAUUUGCACUUCAUCAGUUGACUAGUAACUGUCUACCCAGAGCAGGAGCUUGUGGACAUCCCUGGAUGGUAUUGCAGGCUGCAGGGGCAUGUGCUUCUGUCAUGGGAGUCCUUUGGGGGCAUUUUUCUGUGUAUCAUGUUAGUUCCAUAUUUAAGGUAUGUGCUAUUUGCCCAGCUUCUAAAAAAUUGAUCAUUGUUCUAGAAAGGAAGCCUUGCACUGGCAAUGUUAUUCUACAGGUUUUCUUGUACUGUAAUGGAGGUACACUUGCCAACAUGUUAGGUGCUGUCCUUAACCAGAGAUUUAAAGUAACAGCUGUGCUUGUCAUUUUGCUGCAAGAUGUAUAGGCACUGAGCUCUAGAAGUUUCUGGUGAAGUAGAGAGCAAGCUGACCUAGAUGUUCAGGGAGGAGCUCCAUAUAUACCUUGAGCUGUUUUCACACAGAAGGCUGUUUGCAUAACCACAUUCACUGCCUUGGGAUUUAGCCAAGAGGAACGCUGCGUCUUUAAAUGAGAAAGUGUACAGUUCUUCUCUUACAGCAUGUCAGCAUCUCCAGCCCACUUUCCAGCAGUAUAAUGACUUGUAAUAAAGCCUUCAUGAGCUCUCAUCAUGAGGCUCUGUUCUGUUGCUAAGUUGAGGUGUUUCUGGUACUGCUGAGUUAAUGUCAUAAAAAACUAGCAGUAACUGUUCGAGCUCUCUCCUCUUUACUGAUUGCCUCUAUUCUGUUCCUGCGCUGUGUGCUGUGGGGUUGAUGGUGUUAUCCCAGUGCAGUGCCUCCUGACCCCCUCACUGCUCUCUGGUGAGAAGUUUGCCUUGUUCCAUACUUACUGUGCCCUUGCAUGACUGUUAAGGCUUUCUGUGCAGAGAUCACUGUCUAAGUGUCACAGCCUAUGAUUGAGCAAAAUCUAUUGUGACCUCUGAGUUGUUUUCCACAGAGAGACUGCUACCCAGAAGAUAACUUAGGAAAGAUAAUUCUAGUGUUAGGUUUUCAUUUCUCAGCCGUCUUUUUUGUUUUUCUCCCUUGUUUUUGACAGCAAUGGAGAAUGGAUUCUAUAUAGACUGCCUGCUAGUAUGAACAGCAAUGCACUUGUAACUCACAGAAAUAAAUGUACAUCUUUUUAUCUUUACACCGAUGAUACGAUUCAGUGUUGAUUUCCUCUGGAUCGGUGU